AUGCCCAUCCCGACCGCAGAGAUUUACGAUAAAGAACAACAAAACACACAAACAUCCACCACCUCGAGUUCAAAUUCAAACUCUCGCGACGCUCCUUCCUCUGGAGGCAGCGACGGCGAUAGCGAACGCCUCAUCAGAAGCGACCUGGGAACUUCCAGCGCAUCAAACAAUGAAGGCGAGCGCGCCCUGAGUCGGGAGGAGGCGGACCGAUUAUAUGAGGAACGCAUGGAAGAAGAAUACGCAAAGAGAGAAGGAGGCGCAUAG